AUGACAAUCUGGUUCGCUGUAUCACCAGGAAGGGCCUACGGCGAUAAGACGCAUACUAGGAGAGGAACAUUCUCCCACUCUGUAUUUAUGGUUAUACGACAAGGAGGCAGUCUUCCACCCUCUGUUUACAUUCUCCAAAACCCACAAUCUGUCGAAAAAAAUCGAGAGAUUGCACAGGAAAUUUGUCAGAUAGUGACGGAAGAUCUUAUGGACUACCUCGAGCGGAAGGAAAGAAGAUGUCUAUUGUUCACGCGAUCGUAUUGUCUGACCUUCGGCCCGGAAGACACGGCUUCUCCAAUUACCGUCAGCGAAAAAAUAUCACGGGCAGAACCCACGCAGGACUUGGAAAAUAUCGGUGCUUCCCAUUCUUAUCUGGGUGUCACAAUUCGUACUUAUAUCGAAAACCAAGACCGCGCUCUCUUUAUUGUCCCGCUCGAUGGGCUAGGAGCUAACCAAAGUAACUGCAAGGAAAGAGUGCAUUAUCCUGCACUUCUGUUUUCCAUCCAACAAGCGUCAAAACCAGUUAAGAAACCAUCUCUCGACCAGUCCAUGACGCAGUACAAUGAUCUGAACAUUCAGCCAUCAGCUACUGCACGGAAUAGUAUGUACGCAAAAUGA